GUUAUUGUAUUACAGUAGACUGGACACUGUCUCGUACCGUAUUUGAGUUAUCGCAGGCUGAUACAUGACACACAGGAAACGUUCAGCACAUAACAACGAGGCAUUUGCAAGCGGAUACGAUAGCGUGCUUACCGACAUACGCAACCAAUGCAACGAGACUUUCCCUAUCUCAGACGAAUAUGAUGUCCGUUUAUUGAAUUUCGGGAGUUUCCCGGACGAAUCAGACAAAACUCCGAUGUGCUUCAUUCAUUGUUUUAUGGACAAAGGAGGAAUGAUUGAUACCGACGGCACAUUUCAACAAAAAAUAUUGGUUGAGAAACUUCAAGGAUUCCCGAACGAUACUAUAAUCCCAGACCUGGGGGAAAUUAUGGAUCAUUGCGUCACAAGAAAUGGAGAACAGGCCGAUUUGUGCGAGAGAGCAUAUAAUUUCGCAAAAUGCCUUAUAAUUGAGGAAAUACAACGACAUGAGGAAACUGGAAAGGAAGAGUGAAGUGUGGGCCAACAACCUGGUCCACUUUUACCAUUGGCAUUUGGAAGAUAGACACUGUUAAAGCACCAACGGAAACAAUCUUGCGUAAAGCGGCUAUUUCUAGAAAAUUUAUUUCUUAUUGUUACUUUACAUCUGUGUAUAGAUAAUGUUGCAUCUGUGUUAUGAAAAUGUUCAGUACUUUAGACAGAAAUGUACGUUUGUAGUAAAUGUGUUACUUUAACUUUUUGUGAAUAGAAUAAGUGAGGGAAGCCUAAUAAAGGACCUUGCCAGCAAAAGAGAAAAAUUGUG